AUGCUCUUCAACCCCGCCAACAAAUACACCUGGAUUAUCGAGUCCUCUACCGGGAACGCGGUAGCGUAUGGCUGGUGGCAACAUGCGAAAGGCAAGACGGAGGAGGAACGGGCAGCUACAUACGCGAAUCGGUAUCGACCCGAGGGGAUGAAUAAGGCGUUGAUGGAUGUGACGAGUGGGGCGAGGUUCUUGAAGAGGGCGAAGUUGUUGAAUACGCGAGAUACGCUAAUUUUGAAGGAGUUGUAUGCGUAUACGGAGGCGUCGAAGGAUGGGUAUGGGUUGUAUGUGAAGUAUGGGUUUGAGGAGGUGGAUCGGGUGACGGUGGAUUUGGAGCCGUGGGGUGGGAGGCCGGGUGAGUUGAACUCGUAUGGCUUGUUGAUGCGGGCAGCGCGGAACUGA